GCUGAUGCAAGGCGGCGGCGCGGUGACGGCACUUCCGGCGGGUGCCUGCGGCCGGGCGGCUGCGGCCAUGGCGGCGGAGGUGCUGGGCAGGACGGCGGCGCUCGUCCUGGAAGAGCUGUACGUUUCUGAACGAGAGGGCAAUGAUUCCACUGGUGAUGGGACCCAAAAGAAACCGUUCAAGACUGUUUUAAAGGCUCUGAUGACGGCAGGAAAGGAACCGUUUCCUACUAUUUACGUGGAUUCGCAAAAAGAGAAUGAGAGAUGGGCCAUUAUUUCAAAGUCACAGAUGAAAAAUGUCAAAAAACUGUGGCACAGGGAACAAAUGAAGAAUGAAGCUAAGGAGAAGAAGGAGGCAGAAGAUCUCUUGAGAAGAGAGAAGAACCUGGAGGAAGCUAAGAAAGUUGUGAUCAAGAGUGAUCCUAGUCUCCCAGAGCCCAAAUGUGUAAAGAUUGAUGCUCUGGAAGCAUACAGAGGCCAGAGAGUGAAGAUUUUUGGCUGGAUUCACAGAUUACGGAGACAAGGAAAAAAUUUGAUGUUCAUUGUUUUGAGAGAUGGCACAGGUUUUCUUCAGUGUGUCCUUUCAGAUGAACUGUGUCAGUGUUACAACGGGCUAAUUCUCUCUACGGAGAGCAGUGUUGCGGUGUAUGGCACGCUGAACCUUGUUCCUGAAGGCAAGCAGGCUCCAGGAGGCCACGAGCUGAACUGUGACUACUGGGAGCUUAUUGGUCUGGCCCCAGCAGGAGGGGCUGAUAAUCUACUCAACGAGGAUUCGGAGGUUGAUGUGCAACUUAACAACAGGCAUAUGAUGAUUCGAGGCGAGAAUAUGUCUAAAAUCUUCAAGGUGCGCUCCAUGGUAGUACAGGCCUUCAGGGAUCAUUUCUUUGCCAACGGAUAUUACGAAGUCACACCACCAACUUUAGUCCAGACGCAGGUGGAAGGAGGCUCCACCCUGUUCAAGCUGGAUUAUUUUGGUGAAGAGGCAUACUUGACACAAUCAUCCCAGCUCUACCUGGAGACCUGCAUUCCCGCGCUGGGUGACGUUUUUUGUGUUGCUCAGUCAUACAGAGCUGAGCAGUCCAGGACCCGCAGACACCUGGCAGAGUACACUCACGUUGAAGCUGAAUGCCCUUUUAUAACUUUUGAGGAUUUGUUGGACCGUCUGGAGAGCUUGGUUUGUGAUGUAGUAGACAGAGUCUUGAAAUCACCUGCAUCGAGCUUACUAUAUGACCUAAACCCGGGCUUCAAGCCCCCUAAGCGUCCUUUCCGACGAAUGAACUAUUCUGAAGCCAUUGAGUGGUUAAAGGAACACGAUGUGAAGAAGGAAGAUGGCACUUAUUACGAGUUUGGGGAAGAUAUUCCUGAAGCUCCUGAGAGGUUGAUGACAGACACCAUUAAUGAGCCAAUCUUGCUGUGCCGAUUUCCUGCGGAGAUAAAGUCUUUCUAUAUGCAGCGCUGUCAUGACGAUUCCCGGCUGACUGAAUCUGUUGAUGUGUUGAUGCCUAAUGUUGGUGAAAUCGUUGGAGGCUCUAUGCGUACCUGGGACAGUGAGGAGCUACUCGAAGGCUACAAGAGAGAGGGUAUCGAUCCCACACCGUACUACUGGUAUACUGAUCAGAGAAAAUAUGGUACGUGCCCGCACGGUGGAUAUGGUUUGGGAUUGGAACGCUUCCUAACCUGGAUUCUGAAUAGGCACCAUAUCCGAGAUGUCUGUCUCUACCCACGCUUUGUCCAGCGCUGCAAACCUUAGCUGGCCUUGUGGUACCUCCCAGGAAAUGGGGCAUCCGAUGCUUGGGAGAGAAUGAUACGCUCUGCUAUACGACAGCCUGUCUGAGAGCAGGACUUACUGCAACCUGUUGCUAGUACAAAUACUAAUUUAGGGGGUGGAAAGGAAAAUAAACAAAACCCUUUUUUUAAAGGAAAAUGCCACUAAUUAACUGGAAGAAGUCUUAGAAAAAAUUGUUAGGUGCAUUUAUGCUCUCAAGUCAAUAUAAAACAAAGGUCCUGUCAUUUAAAAACCAAGAUACACUUCUGCUUUUAAUUUCCGUGACUUAAAAUAUGCUGGGCAUUUGAUUUUUUUAAAUUGCUUUAAUUUUAAUCUGUUUUCUCUUGUGAUGUCUUGCUGGAGAAAUCAGGAGUUCAAGCUCUUUAAACUCCCAAAUACUGACCUCUGAGAAUGGUACAAAGAGAUAUCAUCUAAAGAGCUCGACAAAGUAUAAAAAUGGGAAUAAUUCUAUUAAGCGCUGCACUUUUUUAGUCCCUGCUGUUUUUAAUGGAAGUUCUGUUAGAGUUUAUUCAGUAGCAAGGUGUAUGUAGUAUCAAGCACAGAAUUCACUGCAAGAGCCGUGGCUUGUUUUGGGUUUUUUCCCCCAGAUUAUUUAUAGGUUAGAAAUGAUGGUGCUGGUGGUGAGGUAGGCUUUGCUGUGGAUGAAGCGUUGUAGUGGGUCCAUGCACACCCAGCUGUGCUGAAUUCCAGUAACACUGGUAGCUCGUGGACGCUGGAAUGCUUGUGAUGCCUUCCAAAUUAAGAUUCUGCCAUCUGUUGCAAACCAGAAUUGACUGUCUGAAGACCCAAAGAAACUUCAAAAAACAAUUGAAUUUCAGCAUUGUUUGCUGACGACAUUGCUGUCCUUUCUAGGUGAAGCGUAGUUCAAGCAGUGCUUCCCCACAUGCUAAAGUAUGUUUUCGUGGUAGAGCAGUUCUGUGUUUCCUAGCUGGCUCUGUGUUCUCUUGUGCUACUGCAUCUGAGCUGUAAUCAAGUUAUCAAAUAGGACUAAUUAAAUAUUUAAUGUGUUGAGUCAUGCUUCUUAGUCCUAAUUUUUUUUUACUAGAGAGAAAAAAAAAUUGGUAGGUGCAUCAUUUGAUCCUGCACGGAGACUUGAUCUUGAUUUGCCAUUGAUACAAUUGUUGACCUGUGCGAUACCCCUAUUUUUGGAAUAAAUGACUGGUUUUCUUCAUCUUGCAUGUUACGUAUAUAAACUGGUCUAAAUCAGCAACCAAUAAAUUAUGGCAACGUAAA